ACGUUGAAAGAGCUGUUUCGUACAGGGCGCCGCGACGCUUCACGCAGAAUGCUAGCGUCUUGGUUGCUACUAGCUGUAAUUUUUCCAAAUGUUUUACUUUCGUCGACGGUGAUAGCGAGGGAUGCAUGGCAGAAACCCGGUUGUCAUAAGAUUGGUCAUACGAGAAAAAUCAGUAUCCCCAACUGUGUAGAGUUUCACAUGACAACCAAUGCAUGCAGAGGCUUUUGCGAGAGCUGGUCCGUACCUUCUGGACCGAAAACCACCCCAACACAGCCGGUUACCUCCGUUGGCCAGUGCUGUAACAUAAUGGACACCGAGCCCGUGGAAGCUCGCGUCCUUUGCGUUGACGGCGUACGUACCCUCACAUUUAAAUCGGCGGUCUCAUGCUCUUGCUACCACUGUAAAAAGGAUUAACAUUAAUUUCAUAGAUGCCCAAAAUAUUACAUAGUUUUAUAGAUAAGUAUGUGAUCCAUAUACCUAAAUUAAUGUUAAUUGUCCUGUAAAUAUAUUAUACUGA